AUGGACAUGUUUGAAAGUCUUGCCAAACAGGCAUCCCAGAUCACCAUGUACGACGUCAAGUCGUACUAUGAACAAGCCAAAAACGCUGUCCUCAAUGUCAGCGAGAUGGAGGCGAAAGUGAGGGAAGCGACGAAUGACGACCCUUGGGGCGCGAGUUCGACGUUGAUGUUGCAGAUCGCCGAGGGUGCUCAAUUCAAUGAGAUCAUGCCCUGCAUCUACUCCCGAUUUAUGGAGAAGGAAGCCCGCGAGUGGCGUCAGAUAUACAAGGCUCUCACUCUCCUCGAAUUCCUCGUCAAAAACGGCUCCGAACGCGUCGUAGAUGACGCCCGGGCCCACAUCUCUACUAUCAAGAUGCUCCGUAGCUUCCACUAUGUUGACGAAAAGUCCAAGGACCAGGGCAUCAACGUGCGAAACAGGGCAAACGAGAUUGCGCUGUUAUUGGGUGACGUCGACAAGAUCCGAAUCGAGCGCCGCAAGGCCAAGGCUAACAGGAACAAGUACCAAGGCGGGGGCAAUGACGGUGGAAUGAGCUUUGUGACUUCUUCUGGAAGCAGGUACGGCGGUUUCGGGAGUGAUUCCUUGGGCGGAGGUGGGGGUAGUGGAAGCAGCUCGGGUAUCAACUCUGUUUCGGACCAUUACCGCUCAGCACCCCGAGGAGGUUUCAACGAUUCCUCUCAACAAACCCAGUUCGACGAGUACGAGGGCGCCGACGACUUUGACGACCAGCCUCCCCCUAGACGGACGACCUCCGUGUCCCACAGAACGGGUUCGAGGGCUGCGUCUGGCGGGGCGCCUCCGAAGCCGGUAGCAAAGGAAGAGAAGAAGGCAGAGAAGCCGAAGGAAGUCAAUUUGUUUGACUUUGAUGACGAACCUCUGUCUGCAUCUGUGCCCGCUGCUGCUCCGGCAGCUUCCUCUUCUGUACUUGAUGGUGACUUCAUCUUUCACUCUGUUACACACCCAGCUAACGUGAAUAUAGACGACUUUGACGACUUCCAAUCGGCCGCCCCUACUCCCGCUCCUGCUGCUCCCAAGACCACCAACAACGUCUUUGACCUCCUCAACUCCAACUCCUCUUCCAUCCCCACCUCCACCCCUGCUCCCGCCUCUGCCCCCAGCACCAGCUUCGGCGCAUUCACUUCCCCUCCCCUUACCGCCUCCAAACCGCCCACCACCUCUUACCCCUCCUACACCUCGCAAUCAACUGCCACCGCUAGCCAGGCGCAGACCCCAGCAGCCACCUCACCCAAGCCCAAGGGCAGCACCUUUGACGACCUCUUUGCGUCGUCGCUCUCGUCUUUGGGGAAGCCUGUGCAGCAGCAGUCGGGAGGAGGCGGUAAGACGAUCAAGGAUCUGGAGAAGGAGAAGAUGAGCAGUACUUUGUGGGGUGCGGGCACUGGGGCUGGUGCACCUGCUGCCGCUGCUCCCCAAGCUCCGGCUGCGGCCAAGCCAGCGGCUGGAGGGAACUUUGAUGACUUGUUGCUGUAA